CUGGAACUUUAUAUUUUUACUGACAAAAGCCAUAGUUAUUUUCGAAUGGAAGACUUACGAUUCGUUUACAUAGAUUGCAACACGCAAAAAAUGCAGAGUAUUUGAGCCUGGUUUGACAUUUCUUGAAAACUUGUUGUUUAACACAGUAGUAGAACGAAAGACUUUCCAAAAAUAAUUGCAUCGCUGUAAUGCCUGCAUAUCAUUCAAGUUUCACAAAAAGCCAUGGUACUAUCGGAAACAUGGCUCUUUUGCCAAUUAAAACCACAUUUAGAGGUCCUGCACCUUCUUUUAAUAACAAGGAACAAGAUAUAAUUGAUGAAGCAUUAUAUUUCUUCAAAGCCAAUGUGUUUUUUAGGACAUAUGAAAUUAAGAGUGAAGCUGACAGAGUUCUAAUUUAUAUCACUCUAUUUAUCACUGAAUGCCUGAAAAAGUUGCAGAAAUGUGCAACCCAACCACAAGCCAUGAAUGAAAUGUUUUCUUUAGCUAUUUCUAAGUUUGACAUCCCUGGUGAUCCUGGAUUCCCAUUAAAUUCUGUAUAUGCUAAACCAAGUAGUCCUGCUGAAGCUGAUCUCAUGAGACAGUAUCUCCAUCAAAUUAGACAAGAAACAGCUGUUAGGAUCGUUGAAAAAGUAUAUGGUGAGGAUGGUAAACCAAGCAAAUGGUGGCUUUGCUUCGCAAAAAAGAAGUUUAUGGACAAAUCAUUAUCUGGACCUGGACAAUGAAGUUUCCCUUUUAUAUAUAAAUUCAAUUGUUUCAAAUAUUAUAUAUAAAUCAAGGAUUUUAUCAUCCUUUAUUAUAAUACACACACAAUAUGAAGUGACAGUUGGUUUCUCUAUCUAGGUUGUUUAUCUUGUUUUCUAUUGUUUUGAAUUAUAUAUAUACAUCAGAAAUAAACUGAAUUAUACAACUGAUA